AUGGCUAGUCAUCGUCUCCUUCAGGCCAACAUUAACCACUCCUCCAGGGCACAAGACCUCUUGGCCCAGACCAUGGCGGAGUGGAACAUAGAGUUGGCGAUAGUGGCCGAGCCUUACGCCGUCCCCUCCGUAGACGCCAGGUGGAGGGGGGACACGGCGGGGCUGGUCGCUAUCGUGUCGGGGGGCAACGAUGCCGGAGCCUCUCUGGUCCCCGGUGAGAGAGGCAAAGGUUACGUCGCCUGCCUCUGGGAUGGUUGGGUCUUUGUGGGGGGUCUACGUGUCCCCCAACAUCUCACUCGAGGACUUCGAGUCCAAGUUGGACGAGAUUGGGGAGGUCGUCCGUUGGCUGCGCCCAGAUGUAAACUGGGUCGUGGUCGCGAGCGACUUCAAUGCAAAGUCCGUGGACUGGGGCUCGGACACGAGGGGCGAGAUGUUGGGGGAUUGAUUCGUCGCGCUAGACCUCCACAUCGUCAACCGGGGGUCAGAGCCAACCUGCAUGUCAGUGCGCGGGAGCUCAAUAGUGGAUGUGACCCUCGGUUCGGCGGAGGCCUUCCGGGAGAUAAGCAGGUGGAUGGUCUCGGACGAGGAGACCCUCUCCGACCACAGGCCUUAAGGCUGCUGGAUGCCGACCUGGCAUAUGCGGCUGCUAUUGCCAAGUCGUGGGAGGAGCCCCCGGCAGAAGGGCAGGGCGACAUGGAGGCCGAGGCGGCCUGGUUUGGGGAGGCCCUGUCGCAAAUAUGCAACGCGGCUAUGCCCUGCCGCCGGUCGUCCCCUCGGGAGGGGAAAAAGGCGGUGCACUGGUGGACGCUGGAGAUUGCGGCUCUUUGUGAGAGUUGCAACUCCGCGCGUCGCCGUUACACCAGGCACCGUCGUCGAAGACGGAACCCGGAUCGAGAGACGGCGGCCACUCUGUACGAAACAUACAGGGCGUACAAGAAAUCCCUUCAGGCGGCCAUUGCGGAAGCAAAGGCCAAUGCCUGGGGGGAAUUUCUUAAUACAUUGGAUGGUGAUCCGUGGGGGCGCCCCUAUCGGCUGGUCAGGAACAAACUCCGGCCAGCGUCGCCCCCCACGACAGAAACUCUCGAUCCAGGUCUCCUGCGGAACGUCACGUCUGCACUUUUCCCGGGGAACGACAAAGAGGUGGACCGCGCGCGGGAUCCCGCCGCCAUCGAGACCAGAAUAGCCUGUGAUGAGGGCCUCAAGGUCUCCAGGGAGGAGUUCGACAGGGCGAUAGAGAAAAUGAAGAAGAAGAAUACCGCCCCGGGCCCGGACGGUAUUCCUGAGAAGGUGUGUGCUAUCGCCCUGCGAGCUCUGGGGGACCGCUUGAGACAACUGUUCGAUAGGUGUCUGCAGUCUGGGCGAUUCCCCACCCCUUGGAAGGAGGCCAGGCUGGUCUUGAUACCCAAAGCGGGUCGUCCCGCGGGUGACCCCUCGGCCAACCGCCCCAUCUGCCUAUUGGCAGAUGUGGGCAAGUUACUUGAGAGGAUCGUGGGGUCUCGCCUUACGUGCAACUUGGAGUCGGGGACCCCAGCCUAUCGCCCAACCAGUUCGGGUUCCGUCUUGGGAGAUCAACCGUCGGAGCUAUUCGGCGGUUGA